UGUGUGUCAUGGCGGCGCCCUGUGCCGUGGACAUGAAGUUGCUGAUGUUUCGCAAAUUCUGUAGGUUUUUACCUGAGAGAGGGUCCACGCUCGGGACUCCGUUUCUAUGGAAGUUGUGCCCGGGACCGGGACGGCAGCCGGUGAGGCGAAUUCAUCAACAACUCUGGGCCAGCAACACCGUCCGGGGACGAGUUUCAGUGGAUCAGGGCAGCAGUAGAAAGCUUGAAAUCUCCACAGGGAAGCUUGCCAGAUUUGCAGAUGGAUGUGCUUUGGUGCAGUUAGGAGAGACAUCAGUGAUGGUUACAGCUGUCAGCAAAACAAAGCCUACUGCAUCUCAAUUUAUGCCAUUAGUGGUUGAUUACCGUCAGAAAGCUGCUGCUGCAGGAAGAAUACCAACAACCUAUUUACGAAGAGAAAUGGGCUACACAGAUAAUGAGAUUUUGACCAGCAGAAUAAUUGACCGUUCAAUCAGGCCAUUAUUUCCUUCAGGCUACUUUUAUGAUACACAGAUUGUUUGUAACCUCAUCGCAGUGGAUGGUAUCAAUGACCCUGAUGUACUUGCAAUAAAUGGAGCCUCUGCGGCCUUGGCAUUGUCUGACAUACCAUGGAAUGGUCCUAUAGGUGCUGUAAGGGUUGGCCUUGUGGAUGGCGAAGUUGUGAUUAACCCAACUCGAAAAGAGAUGGCAUUAAGUACUUUAAACAUGGUACUGGCUGGUGGACCUCAUAGCCAAGUUGUCAUGAUGGACGCAGCAGCGGAGAAUGUGUUGCAACAGGACUUCUGUCACGCUAUCAAAAUGGGCAUCAAACACACGCAACAAAUCAUAUUGGCCAUUCAACAGCUAGCUAAAGAACAUGGAAAUCCGAAAAGGGCACCUCAGAAGAUAUUUGUUCCUCCUGCAGAAAUAGUAGAAUAUGCAAGACAAUUUGCUUCUGAGAAGGUCCGUGGUGUAUUUUCAGACUUCACUUAUGACAAAGUUUCAAGAGAUGAUGCCAUUAAUAAAAUCAGACUUGAAACAGAAGAACAUUUGAGAGAUAAAUUUUCUGAGGCAGAACCAUUUGAAAUAAUGGAAGCAUUUAAUGUAGUUUCUAAAGAUGUUUUUAGAAAUAUUGUUAUGAAUGAAUAUGUAAGAUGUGAUGGUAGAGACUUGAGAUCUCUUAGAAACAUUAAUUGUGAAGUCGACAUGUAUAAACCUCUUCAUGGUUCUGCACUGUUUCAAAGGGGGCAGACACAGGUUCUUUGUACAGUAGCCUUUGAUUCAAUAGAAUCAAGUAUAAAAACAGAUCUUAUCACCACUCUUAUAAGUGGAGUGAAGGAAAAAAAUUUUAUGCUACACUAUGAGUUCCCGCCAUAUGCAACAAAUGAAAUCGGGAAAAUAGUUGGUCAAAAUAGGAGGGAACUAGGCCAUGGUGCUCUUGCAGAAAAAGCAUUGAAACCUGUGGUUCCUAAAGAAUUUCCAUUUACAAUAAGAGUAACUGCAGAAGUAUUAGAAUCUAAUGGUUCAUCUUCUAUGGCAUCUGUUUGUGCAGGAAGUAUGGCUUUGAUGGAUGCAGGUGUUCCAAUCUCUGCUCCUGUGGCCGGUGUAGCCGUUGGCCUCAUUACAAAGAAAAAUCCAGAAAAACCUGCUGAAAUCGAAGAUUACCGUCUCUUGACUGAUAUUUUGGGUAUUGAGGAUUAUAAUGGAGAUAUGGACUUUAAGAUGGCAGGCACAAGCAAAGGAAUAACAGCUUUACAGGCAGACAUUAAAAUAGCAGGACUGCCAUUGAAAAUUAUAAUGGAAGCUAUCCAGCAAGCUUCAGCUGCCAAGAAGGAUAUUUUGGCCAUUAUGAAUAAGGCAAUUCCUAAACCCAGAGAAAAAAGGAAAGAAAAUGGACCCGUUCUAGAAACUGUGGUGGUGCCAGUGUCUAAAAGAGCUAGAUUUGUUGGUCCAGGUGGUUACAACCUAAGGAAACUUCAGGCUGAAACUGGGGUAACAAUAUCUCAAGUAGAUGAAGAAACAUUCUCCGUAUUUGCCCCAACUCCAAGUGCUAUGCAUGAAGCCACUGAGUUCAUAAGUGAACUCUGCAAGGAUGAUCAAGAACAGCAACUGGAGUUUGGUGCCGUUUACACUGCCACUAUAACUGAAAUACGGGAUAUUGGAGUAAUGGUGAAGCUGUAUCCCAAUAUGACUGCGGUUUUACUGCAUAAUUCACAACUUGACCACAGAAGGAUCAAACAUCCAAGUGCCAUUGGACUGGAAGUUGGACAACAGAUUCAGGUGAAGUAUUUUGGUCGUGAUCCCACAGAUGGAAGGAUGAGGCUUUCUCGCAAAGUUCUGCAGUCUCCAGUGGCAACCGUAGUUAAGAACUUGAGCGACAAAAAUAGCAUUGUGAUGGGAACAAGAGAGUCUUCGGCGUCUAGUGCUUCCCUUGACCAUGUUCAUACUGUCAGAAGCAAUAGUACAUGAGGAAACUUGAUGAACUCCUCGAACAUUUAUUUUAACCUAGGCUAAAAAUUGUAAUAUAAUUUUUUAUACAGGCUAUAUAAAUUGAUUUUGUGUGCUUUUCCUCAAUUGAUAUAGUAAUUGUGACAUUGUAAUUGCCAACAAUGUUUUUGGUGUAAUAAAAUUAUUGAUACUUGGAUGAUUGAGCUACUUAUUAUGCAAGUAAUUUCAAAAUACUAAGAAAAUAAAUUGAGUUGAAAGGGAAGUAUUCCUUAUAUAAUUGAAACUAUUACUAGGGGCUGGGAUUCUUCCCAGAAUUUUUUGGCUAAUUCUACAAGCCAAUGCCUACAUUGAUACAGUAACCUUAGCUGGGCAAACAGAGGAAUCUGCAUUAGUAAUGUGUGAUUUUCAGCUAAAUAAAAAACAGUAGUACUCUUUGCAUAUAUGAGGAAGGAAAGGGUGGGGAGAAAGGCAUUUCAAAGUAUAUAAGCUCUGCAUCAGUCAACCCAAACUGAGGUUGCAUAAUUAAUCAAAUUAGCUAGAGCUUCUGCUGGUACAGACUUCACAGUUUGGAGCUUCUUAAGCAUCAUAAGAUUCCACUUUUGUCUGAAGGAAACAGCUUGCCUAUGGUGCUUCUCAGCCAACCAUUUUUCCAGUUGGCUUGACCCAAAUGGUUCCUGGCUCAGCUGUCCACCCACCUAGAAGUCCUACUGAUGACCUUUUGUUUGUUUGCUCACCUAACACCUGCUGUUUCCAACCUGCUAGUUCUGAGUUGUUGUCUGUCUCAAUCCUUCUUAGCAUGCUGAGACAUGAAAGGAGAAAGUGCAAGAGUGAAUAGUGACAAUUAAGGGAGUGUGAGAAAAUGAGAGAGUAAGCAAGAGAUCAUGAGCAUUGGUAUGAAUUACUGAAUUAGCAUUUAAGUGCAGACUACCCAACUGAUUUGAUUGUAUUGUGUUGCCUAACAACUUUAGAGCAGUAAAUAUGAUAUCAUACAGUAGUUAUAAAUGUUUGACUAUAGAAUUUUUUGGUUUUGGUGUGGGGGUUGAAUAUAAAUUAUAUUCCAAUAUACUUUGGGGUUCAUAGCUAAAUGGAAAGUUGGGUGUGGAUAUGUAAAUACAGAUCAAUUGUAGCUUUCAAAGAGGAAUUGGCUAAAUACUGGAAGCAAAAUUGCAGGUAUAUGCUGAAAGAGCUGAUGAAUGGGACGAUCUAGAUUGCGUUUAGAAUGAACUGGUGCAGAUUUGAUAGGCUGAAUGGCCUUCUGUGAUGUUUAUUCCAUUGAUCCUUUUCCAGAAAUUGGUCAUGGUUCUUGAAAAAUGGAAGUCAAAGGAAAACUGAAACCAUUCAUGACUGGAAGACAAAUAGGAUAGCCAGACUCCCAUCUUCCAGGCAAUGAAAUUGAAAGUUCAGCUUUUUUGUCAAUCUCCUUAAGCCUCUGCCACCUCCUCUGAAUUCUGAUCUUUAGCUGCAUUUCCUUUCAAUCUUUCUGCUCUGAAAAGAAGAUCCCAGCUUUUCAAGUCUGUCCUUUAUAACUUUAAUUCUUCAUCCUCGGAAUUUCAGCUAUAUGCUCUUCAAAGCCUCUGUGUCCUUCCACAAGUGUAGGGUCCAGAUUAAACAGAAUAUUUCAGUGAGGGACAAAUUAUGGUCUUAUACAAGUUCAACACAACUUUCUCAUUUUUUUGUACUCGCCUAUAGAUAAAGCUUUGCUAAAUUGUACUGCCACCUUCAAUGAUUUUUGUGUAAAAAUCUCAGUCAUGAACAUUUCAUGUUCUUGCACUCACUUGAAAAUUGUGCCAUUUGUGGUAGUUUAUAUUGUCUUGCCUCACUUUCCCUCAAAGUUUUAAGGCAAACUAUACCCUAUACACUAUUUCAGCGCUUUAGAGCUAUUGUGUUUAAAUGCAUUUUGACAGAACACUCUUUUUAUUUUCAGGUACCUAUGUACAAAUCCUCAUGACAAUUGAUUUUUUUUCAAGUAAUCAGUAAAUAAUUUCCAAGUUAGGCAAUAAUUAUAACACCUCUAUUACACUUAUUACAUCAAAGGUGACACUUACAUACGUGCACUUGGAAGAGGUUGUGGUUAUAAAAGUUGCAUGCUUUCAUGUUCUGAUUUCAAGAGUUCUUGUGCUUUUCUAGGACAAAAUUUUCGAAUAAUGCAAGCCUUGUGAUGUAAUAUGUGUGAUUUAUAUAUAUUUUAAUAUUUUAGAAUAUUUCCAAGUUAGAGUUCAAGCUAACACCAUGUAUGUUUGGUCUGCAUCUAUGAAGGCAUGAAUGAUGAACUUGAAAGUAUUUCUGUAGUACUGGUAAUUUCUUUUAAAGCACAGUAUGAGACAAACUUCCUGGGGAAUAAUGGGUUUCAUUUUCAUUGAGUAAGCUUCAUGAGCAAACAAAGUAAUAAGCUACAUUGUAGCCUUUUUAUUUUGGUCUUCAGGGAAACACCUAUUGCUUAUGUUUCAGUUUGUAGAAGUCUUGGCUGGAACUGGAUGUGUAAGACAGUUGCUCCUGAAGAGAGGAGCAAACUUAAAACUUAAGAGAUGUGUUACUUCAGUGCAAGGAGUUUAGUUUGAAAGUUCUACACCCAAAAUUGUUGGUUAAAUCAUGAAGGGGUUAUUUGAAAUCCAGGAAGUCUAAUUGAAGACCCUGAAGUCACAGUUAAUUUAAUCCCUGUAGAUGAGAUAGAGAAGGAAAUUCUCUGGAGUAUGAGUACUGGUGGGACAGUAGGAGUGUUGCUGGGAUUAAUAAGAUUGUAUUUAACUAUGUGUUUCAAAAUCUUUAAACAUGUUUAAUGUAAAUAAUUUGGUUUAUUCUGUAUUUUCAUUCCUUUUGCACAAUAAACUGUUUCAUUGUUAAAUCCAAA